AUUUUUCUCUCCACCUCUUCUACAAAUUCCUCUACCAUGGCAGGUUUUGGGUCUCUCUCCCGCAUAGGUGUGGUGUUAGCUAUGGCUCUGUUGAUGGUUGCGCCAAGCUACGGUCAAAUCAGCACGCCGUGUAACGCAUCGAUGGUAGGGAGUUUCUUCACACCUUGUAUGAAUUUUCUAACAAAUAGCAGUGGCAACGGAACCUCGCCGACGACGGAGUGCUGUAGUGCCCUCAAGUCCCUCACAAAUGGGGGCAUGCAGUGUUUGUGUCUCAUUGUCACCGGCAGCGUUCCCUUCAGAAUACCUCUCAAUCGAACCUUAGCCAUUUCUCUCCCUCGUGCCUGCAACAUGCCUGGGGUCCCACUCCAAUGCAAAGCCUCGGGUUCACCACUUCCUGCUCCUGGACCAGUGUCUCUCGGACCUUCACCUUCGCCUGCAUCAGCUUCCUCUGGAUUUUCUCCAACCCCUAGUCCUCAAGGUUCCACCGUUUUCCCCUCACCAACUUCACCGUCUCUGGCACCACAAUCUGAUACACCUUCUUCUCUUUUGACUCCACCUUCUCCAUCAGCGGAUUCUGGUAACCCAUCAACAGGCAGUGGCCGCACUAAUGUCACUCCAUCAUCUGCCGUGACAUCUUACAAUGCCCCUCCUUAUCUUCUCUUCAUUGCACUCGGAUUUGCUCUUCUCAAAUACUACUAGGUUGUAGUUUGGAGCAUCUUGUGAACACCAAACAUAUAUAAAUAUAUUCUUUCCAGUGUGCCUUUUUGUUAGAUUUAAGAAUGUUUCAGACCCCACAUUUGGGGAAUAUUUAUUCAUCAUAAAUUGCUUGGUAAUGUUUUUUUUGUUGAUGAACUUUUGUGCUGUAAUGUAUAUAAGUUUGGAAACUGAAGUUCUUGUUAUUUCUUCA